CAAUGAAUGCUUACCUGUAUGUUAAGAUAACGUUGAUGGAUAUUUGCUUAUAAAAUGGGGGGCAAUCAAAGUGUACGAACACCUCAACCAACACAAAAAUCAGAUGUGAAGCCGGCGUCUAAAAGUAGUGAAACAUCAACUCAAACUGAUGAUGUUGUUAAUGAAGGCGCCUCUAAUGAAGUCACUCAACCGGGAACUGGAGCAGACAGUGCUGCAGUCAACACAGAUACUGAACCGGACAGUAGUGUUAUUCCAGACGCUCCUCCACCUUAUACAAGGCUAGGCGAAGAAGCUUCUGACGAUACCUCUGUGAAAAGGGACCUGUCUUCAGAAUCAAAAAAGAGUCCGCCGGAUGGCGAAUCUUUAGAUGACUUGAAAUUUGCAAUAGAAAAGAGUAAUAUUGACUUUAACGAAAGGCUAGCUUCUUUAGAAAAGUCUUUACAGAGCAAUAUUGAGCAUCAGGGUGAAACCAGUAAGGCUUUAAUGGAUCUCCAAGACACUGUUUACACAUAUUUUGAGACGAGAAAUGAAGAUGUAACUACAAGUCGCCAAGGAGACGAUACUAGGAGACGAGAGCAAUUUACUGAACGACUUGGCAAGCAUGUGGUGGAGCACUUGCUUAACAGUGAGGUAUUUAAAGACGUGAUGCAACAAGGCAUGGGUAUCGGCCAAAUUGAGGAACAACAAGAAAAGGUUUUAGAACACAACAAAGAUAACGAAUCCAUCACCAGUCAGAAAGACAAGCCAGAGUCCGGGUUAUUAGAAGAUAGCACUGAUUUGUCUAAAAUGAAACUAGUAACCUCGGUGGAUUCUAUUCAUAAAAUUCCAUCUGACCUGGCCUCUGUCAAUCUUGAUGAUUUUAGAGAAGUCAGUUUUGAUGAAAAUAAACCUGAAAAUCCAGUCAUUUGCAAAGAUAAGAAGCAGAAAGACUUUCGAAUAGAUUCGAAUGUUUGGAAAUUAUUUUUGAACAAAGUAGACAAAGGAUAUGAGGCAAAACAGUUACUAGAAAUGGGGAUUUUGCCCGAUAAAUAUUUGCUGAAAAAGAUUGGCCCAGCGCUAAACCUUAGAUCAGACAUUUUCCAGUCGAUCUGUCAGUGCAUUUGUCAAUAUAUAAAAACAAGGUCAAGUAAGAUAGUGAAUGUUUGGACGGCCUUUAGAUACAAUAAGUUUGACAAGCAUUGCGGAGAUGAAAUCAUAUUUGUUGUUAUAACAAAGGAACCAGAGGAAGCUAUAAAUAUCGAGUAUGAAACGUACCAAAGAUGCUUAUACGAAAUUUCCGACAAAUGUGAUAAAGAAAACAGUAGAAUACAGUUGGAGGAAAAUAAGCACAGACUUCAGCGAUGUACAGAUAGAGAUUUAACAAAGUGCUUAAGAAAUAAUGCCAAAACAAUUGAUGAAAAAAAACAUACAAAUCUUGACGAGAGCAACUAUAAGUUGG